ACGACUGUAGAAAGUUUGGUUUAUAUAGCUCUAUUGAUUGCCAGAUAUGUACAAAAAACCUAUUUGGGGGCGGGGUCACGCCCACUUUUCCAAAAAAAAUACAUUGAAAUGUGCCCCUUUCUAAUGCGAUCCUAUGUUCCUAAUUUAAUUUUCAUAACUUUAUUUAUGGCUUAGUUAUAGCUCUUUAUGUGUUUUUGGUUAUCAUUUUGUGGGCGUGGCAGUGCUCCGAUUCCGCCCAUUUUCAAACUUAACCUUCUUAUGUUGCCAAGGAAAACGUGUUCCAAGUUUCAUUAAGAUAUCUCAAUUUUUACUCAAGUUACAGCUUGCACGGACGGACAGACGGACAGACGGACGGACGGACAGACAUCCGGAUUUGAACUUUACUCGUCACCCUGAUCACUUUGGUAUAUAUAACCUUAUAUCUAACUCGUUUAGUUUUAGGACUUACAAACAACCGUUAUGUGGAGAAAACUAUAAUACUCUCUUAGCAACUUUUGUUGCGAGAGUAUAAAAAUAAUAAUAAUAGUUGCUUCGCAAAAAUCAUUAAAAUUGGACUAAUUGAAAUUAACGAAAUUGAAAAACUACAACACAAAGCUGUUAUAUAACUAAUAUUUCAAAAACAGAUUUUUUUAUUAUAAGUAUCUAAAUAUUAGAGAUAUGUAUACGAAAUUUCGAAAAAUGUUUACUAUUGAUUAGUAAAAAUUACUAAGGUCGCAUACCAAUGACUCAGAGCUCCUAUAUAACAUAAUUGUAGAAAUUUUAUAUUUUCGCAGUUCGUUUGUACCCGGUUUUUAAAUUUUGUUUAACAUAAACAUUUCACGAUUCAAUAACUGUGCAAAAAAUUCACUUGUCAUACAACAAAUUUUGCCAGUCAUCAUGAUGAUUUUCGAUGAUAUGAAGUUGGAGGAUGGAGUCAUAUGUAGAAGUUCACGUAAGUGAGGAAAGUUUCUGACUGUCAUUGACUUGGGAGUGGCCAGGAACGAUUCUUUUACAUGUGGCUCAAGCAGCUCACGACUUCCGGUCUUAGACCAAGUAUUCUCUGGGUAGCCAACAGACAUCCGUUUGGAGGCGAGCUAAAGUGAGAAGGCGAAACCCGCUUAUGCGGUUGUGCGUAGGGUUUGGACCCACCACAUAAACACCCCCCAAUGAAAAGGAAGCAACAGCCUCGAAUGAGAGACCCCAAUUUUGAUGACGACCACUGCAAAGGCUUAAAGGACUACGAAUUAAGGGCAUGCACCUGGAAUGUCCGGACCCUUAAUUGGGAAGGUGCCUCUGCCCAGCUGGUUGAUGUCCUCGGCAAUAUAAAGGAGCGCAAAUUCGGUGUGGGAUUCUUGGGGAGAGAGAGACUCCGUCGUCGAGUCCUGGCAUUCACUCCGGUGGAUGAACGUCUAGCCACAAUACGCAUCAAAGCGAGGUUCUUCAACAUAUCGCUGAUUUGCGCCCACGCCCCGACGGAAGAGAAGGACGAAGUGAUCAAAGAUACCUUCUAUGAGCGCCUAGAACGUACCUAUGAGCGCUGCCCCCGCCACGAUGUCAAAAUCGUGCUUGGCGAUUUCAACGCUAGGGUGGGUAAAGAAGGUGUCUUUGGUACAACAGUCGGAAAAUUCAGCCUCCAUGGCGAAACAUCGCCAAACGGUCUGAGGCUGAUCGACUUCGCCGGGGUCCAGCAUAAGAAAAUCCAUCAAGCUACUUGGCUGUCCCCGGAUCGAAUCAUUCGCAUCCAGAUCGAUCAUGUUGUGAUAGAUGGACAUGUCUCCAGUGUUUUUGAUGUGCGUACGCUUCGUGGUCCCAACAUCGACUCGGACCACUAUCUUGUAGCAGCUAAGAUACGCAACCACAAGGAAGGUUCGACAUCGAGAAGCUGCAAUCACAACCGACAGUCGAACGAUUUUCUACUCGACUUGCACUCCUGCUCUCUGAGAGCACUCAUCAGCAUCUCGGUAUAAGGGAACUGUUGGAUAGCAUAUCAAACUCCUUACGUACAGCUGCUGUUAUAUGCAGUAAAAGUUCUUUAUUCGCGGGGUAUAUGUUCCAUAAAUAUGCCGUGAAUACAGAAACCGUGAAUACGGGAUAGUAAUUUAUAUGGGAUUAUAGGGGAUAUGUUCCUAGGUGACAAAAAAAACAAAUAGGUAUUUGAAAAAAAUGAUUUAAUUUAAGUUUUUGAACAUUUUAAUUAAUUAUCUUAAGGCUUAAGCAAUGGUUUGAAGAAUUUUGUAAUUUUUUCUUGCUUAGCAGUUUUCGCAUUAGCAAUUUGUCUCUUAAAAAUUAGACUUCGUUCCAUAGACGGAUCAAUGUUCAUAAAGAAAUCGCAGAGCUCAUUCGCAAGUGAUCUAGUCGGGUGUGCUCAUAUAAUUAAGCCAAUGCAACGAAACCUUAGCAAUCACUAUCUGUGUAAAAAAAAACAUUAAAAAAGUGAAGAGUUUAUUGGUUCCAUUUAAUUUAAAGUGUUUUUGAAAGUUUUCUAAAAAAUGGUUGGCGGUAAAUACUUGACACUUAGAUAAAGUCACUGCCAAUAUAUAUACGGAAUACAUAUAUGAAGCGAGUACAUUAUGUAUAAAUAAAAGGUAGAGCAUACAAUUCAUUCAGUCUAGCAAAGCUAAGCGAGCUGAAAGUACAUAAUAUUUAAUAUUGUGCGGUUGCAUAUUGUCAACAAAGUUGAAGAAAAUAUUUAGUAAAUAACUAUAAAAUAAAUAAAAUCAAAAUGGAACGUUGGGCCAAUCGUGUUGCAGUGGUUACAGGCGCUAGUGCGGGCAUCGGUGCUGCUAUUGUACAAAAA